UUACUCAUGCUUUGUUGUUCUUACGUUGAAUUGCAGACAUCACUGUGGAACAGUCUUCAUCCGAGUCAAAUAAUAGGCACCCCUGCGGUCAUUAAAGAAAUUGAUUGUCUAAAAGCUACAAUUGAUGAGAUCCGCGAUGUUUCUGCAAAUUUCGUGCUGCCAAUCAAUGUGGAUCGGACUAGGCUAUCAGCAUUUGCUGGUUGGUUUGAUGUUCAUUUUCGGGGUAGCGAGCAGAAUCCAGUUGAACAAGAAGUUGAGCUGACUACUGCUCCUAGCGUUGACAACUCAACUCACUGGGGUCAGCAGGUUUUUCUGAUACAGCCUCCUCUUAGAGUUGAUGAAGGUGACAAACUGAUGACUUCUUUUUCAAUGAGCCGGUCCAGGGACAAUCAUCGCCUCAUGGAUGUAAAUUUCACAUACGAGUUGCAGCUAUUGUCUGAAAAAUGCUUUAAGCCCGUCUCCAGAAUGUAUUAUAUAGAAUGAUUAUGCAGAGGGGACUAUUGCAUACAGAAUAUUAUGUUCUAAUAUUAGGUUUAAUAUCUUCAUUGUGACCUGAAGCCCAUCCAUUCAAAAGCGUUGAAGUUCUCAUUUGUUCUCCCACAUCAUGUAGAAGUGCUGCAACUGGCUCUACCAACAAACCUUUUGUGAUUUUCCCUUUUUAGGAAUGAAGGGAGAAUGCGUCCUCUCAGAAUGUUGAAUGUGUUGUUUGAAUGUACAACAACCAUAUUUAGCUGGAAACGGUAUUUGCAGUCCUUGAAUGUGAUGAAGUGUAUUUUGCUUUUAGUUUGUCUCUAUUGGAAUUAUUUGUCAUAUGUAUUUUUGAAACAACUUUCUAUCCACCAUUAAUUAUAUGAUGUUUUUAUGUUCC